UCGCCAGAAGCACCUCGCAGCAGCACACGGAGCAGGGGAGCGUUCACGACCCGCUGUUGGCAUUUAGCGGACGCGGGGCCGCUGGCAGCUUGACCCGCGGCAGGGGGGGGGGAGGAGGAGAACCAAAGAUGGUCGGCAACCCGUGUGCUCGCAAGCUGGCCCGGCGAUCCAAGUCUGCGCUGAUCGCAGCACUGAGCGUGCUGCUCAUCCAGACGCUCAUCGUGUGGAACUUCAGCACCCUGGACUCGAGCGAGGACGGCGGGAAGGGCGCCGACAGGAGCCGCGAGAAGAGGGACCACCGAGUCGGCGGAGGGGGGGUCAACAAAGCCUACAGCGAGUACCCCCGCAGCGGGCUCCUGAAGCGGGGCUCGCCGCAGCUGCAGCCUGGGGGGAAGGCGGCCGUCGCUCGGCACAACAAGGUCCGGGUGGACGACUUCCCUCCGCGCCCGGACAGCAACAACAACGAGAACUCGGUGCCCAAAGACUUCGACACGGUGGACAGCAACAGCAACCUGGGCGCGGGCUCCAAGCCCCAGCACGCCGCCGCCGCCGCCGCCGCCGCCACCGCCGCCGCGGGACCCAACGCCAAGCCGCGCAAGGUCGAGAGGAAGGGCGCCCACCUGGGGAGGUCGGCCAAUGAGGUGCUCAAGCACCCCGUCGCCAUGGCCGCCGCCGCCGCCAACGCCGCCCAGCCCGUAGGCGGGGCGAGGCGGGGCCUGAACCACACCGGCGCCCUCCGGCCCGCCACCGCCACCGCUGCCCCGGGGGCGGGCUCCGUCCGGGACGCGGCGGACGCCGGCCGCCACAGGAAGUCCUCGGCGCGGUCGAGCGUGGCGGCGGCGGCGGGGGCGGAGCUACAGCAGCAGCAGAAGAAGAAGAAGGAGGCGCCGCAGUGCGAGAUCAGCGGGAAGGAGGUGAUCUCGGCGCUGUCGCGCGCCAAGAGCCGCGAGUGCCGGCAGCAGAUCGUGGACGUGUACUGCAGGCACAAGGAGGGCACCCUGAUGCCGCUGCAGGUGCCCCGCUACUGCCCGCUGGAAGCUAAGACCAGCGUCAGCGUGCAGUGGGACGAGGACCUGGGCCAGGCGGCCCCCCCCCACCCCGCGGUGCCGGCCCGGGUGGCCUUCGUGCUGGUGGUCCACGGCCGGGCGUCCCGGCAGUUCCAGCGGCUCUUCAAGGCCAUCUACCACACCUCGCACUACUACUACAUCCACGUGGACCUGCGAUCCAACUACCUCCAUAGGGAGGUCAUCGCCCUCGCCGAACAGUACCCAAACGUCCUGGUGACUCCCUGGCGCAUGUCAACCAUCUGGGGAGGGGCCAGCUUACUGACGAUGUACCUGCGCACCAUGAGCGACCUCCUCAAGAUGGCCGACUGGUCGUGGGAUUUCUUCAUCAAUCUCAGCGCGGCUGACUACCCAAUCAGGGCCAAUGAUCAACUGGUGGCUUUCCUUUCCAAGUACCGCAACAUGAACUUCAUCAAGUCCCACGGAAGAGACAACGCACGCUUCAUCCGUAAGCAGGGCCUGGACCGGCUCUUCUACGAGUGCGACACCCACAUGUGGCGGCUGGGCGAUCGCAAGAUCCCAGAAGGCAUCGGGGUGGACGGGGGCUCCGAUUGGUUCCUGCUCAACAGGCAGUUUGUGGACUACGUGGUCAACUCCCAGGACGACCUGGUCACCAGCAUGAAGCGCUUCUACUCCUACACACUGCUGCCCGCGGAGUCCUUCUUCCACACGGUGCUGGAGAACAGCGUCCACUGUGAGUCCAUGGUGGACAACAACCUGCGCGUCACCAACUGGAACCGCAAGCUGGGCUGCAAGUGCCAGUACAAGCACAUCGUGGACUGGUGCGGCUGCUCGCCCAACGACUUCAAGCCCUCAGACCUGCCCCGCUUCCAGCAGGCCUCCAGGCCCACCUUCUUCGCCCGUAAGUUCGAGGCGUCGGUGAGCCAGGAGGUCGUGGGCCAGCUGGACUCCUUCCUGUUCGGGGCGUACCCCCCGGGGACCCCCGCGCUCCACGCCUACUGGGAGAACGUGUACGAGCAGGCCACCGACGGGCCCGCGGCGCCACGCGACGCCGCCCUCAGCUACUACCACGCCUUCGCCCGCAUGGGGCUGGCCCGGGCCGCCGGCUCCCUGCAGGGGGACCCCAACGACCAGAGCUGCAGGUACGCGUCCUCGGGCCACCCGGUGGCGGUGCACCUGUACUUCCUAUCGGACCAGCUGCAGGGCUACCUGGUGCGGCAGCAGGCCACCAACCUGGCAACCGGCCAGCCGGAGACCCUGGAGACCUGGGUCACGCCCAGGGGCCACUUCAGCCUGGCCACGCCCCCCGGCCCCGCCAACCGGCUGCAGGACAUCCAGGUGGGCACCGACUGGGACCCCAAGGAGAGGCUGUUCCGUAACUGGGGCGGGCUGCUGGGGCCCCAGGACGAGCCGGCGGCGGCCCAGCGCUGGUCGCGGGGCGCGGCCAACCUGACGGCCACCGUGGUGUGGGUGGACCCCACCAACGUCAUCGCCGCGACCUACGACCUCCUGGUGGAGGCGGGGGCCGAGUACACGCACUACCGGCCCCCGCUGAGCGGGCCCCUGAGGCCCGGCCUCUGGACGCUGCGCGUGCUGCACCACUGGAGCCUGCUGGGGGCCACGCGCUUCCUGGUGCUGCCCCUGGAGUUCAGCGGCCGCAAGCCCCUGCUGCAAGACGAUGCGCUGCGACUCCACGGGGGUCCGCCCCGCAACUCGUACAUGGAGCAGAGCUUCCACGGGCUGAACCCCGUGCUGCGGCUGCCCGUGAGCCUGGGCGCCGUGGAGGAGGCGGAGGCCAACGCGGCGCUGACGGGCGAGCCGUUGCGGCGCUGGGCCGACGGCCUGCUGGCCGGCCGGUGGGGCGCGGCCGACGUGUGCUCGGCCGGCCCCAGCAGCUGCCCCGUCCUGCAGCGCUGCGGCCACGCCCCCUGGAGCGCCCUGUCGCCCGACCCCAAGUCGCGGCUCGGACCGCCCGACGCAGCCGGACACAUCCGGUAGCGACGACUUUGCCCCCCCCCCCCCCCCCACGGAUGCACGGACGGACUCGUGGAUGAGAUGAGAUUGUACUUUAUUGAUCCGAGACGGGCGGUCCGGCUUUGGAUGGAAUGCGGCGGGAGCGGGAGAUUGGAGUGACGCUAUUGGUCGAGGGAGGACGUCCCCCCGAAACAUGACUAUUUAUUUUGAUCCGGAGGGAGAGGGAGCUUUGGACGAAUCUGCGAUUAUAAGCGCCCUGCGUUCCUGAUUGGUCGUUUGUGUCGGGGUUCAGGGUAAUGGGGGAGGGAGGGGGGAGGUGUGUGUGUGUCUGUGCGAGUGUGUAUCCGGUUUGUCAUGAAGGAGUUGUUGUUGUCUGCAGAAUGCCGGUCCUAUGGGUGUGUUUGGCACUGCAGAGUGUGUGCGUGUGUGUGCCUGCGUGCACGUGUGUAUUUGCCUGCAUGUGUGUGCGUGCGUGCGUGCGUGCGCGAGUGUGUGUCUGUGUGUGUGUGAGCGAGAGAGAGAGGAAGGGAGAGGACAUUAAAGUCUCAGCUCGUUUGACGUUUGGAUCGAUCAGCUGACAGCUGAUGCGCUCGAUGCUGAGUGAGCUAUUUAUUCAGAGAUAGGUUAUAAUAUUAUUUUAGUCAAUGACUAAUAUUCGAUAUGCUGAUAUUUGGUGCAGUGGGUACGAUUCGUAUUUGUAAAAAAGAGCGUCUGCCUUUAUUUCAAAAGGCCUCUUUGCGACACCCUGUCUGUUUGGGGCAUCGAGUCACCAGGCUUUGGUGUGGAGACCAUCGUUGGAAACAGACUCCUCCUUCUCUCGCUCUUCUUCUCUUCUCAAACAUGUGCACCUUUUUAUUUUAUCGUAAUCCAGAGCACAAAUGUAAAUGUUUGCUUGACCACACAAUAGAUGUGGAAGGGAAACAAAACACGGCACAUUUUCGACAGUGACGAUGACAGAAAGCCUUAAGAGCAGAUGGGUUUGUGUUUUCCCAAAUGGGUGGAUGGUUCUAUAGCACAGUGGGGUCCGACUGGGAGUCUGCAAUGAAUGUGAUGUGGAGGGAGGUAGAGGAGGAGGAGGAGGAGGGCCGGCAGACCCAAGAGAGCCCUUCUUGGGCUAUCAGCUCUUCUCCUGACCGGAGGGACUCUACUCUGGAGAGAAAGCUGGAGCCUCGAUUCAAUUCACACCGACAUGGAGUUGUUUUUUAGUUUUUUUUCUUUUGCUUGUUUUUUUUCUGUUCUUGUCUUUUUAAUAAUUUAUACACAACAAUGGCGACCAAAGUACCUUUGUAUUAUGCACACCUCCGCAGGCAAGAUAAGUCUGGUAUUCCUAAAUGUAGUCAGAGUAUAUUAUAAUUGGGAACAAACCCAGAGGCAGUGGUGGUGUCACUGUGUUCAUGAAUACUUAUGGCGUGGGUCCGAGUGGCACGGUAGACAAUGUAAAACAGAGUCUCUACAGUGAGCUGCCAUUCUCAGUAAUAAAGGAGUUCUUGUUUUUAAUAUAGGUAAUGUAGAAAGAGGAAAAAGCUGUUGACAAGGUUGACAAGCUUGUGUUCUCUUUCCUUUUCAAGUGUGGUGUUUGUGAGGGGCACACAGGAAAUGGGUGUUUCCCCACCACCAUAAAACCAUGGUCAUUAUUUCUUAAGUCACUUUUCUACCCAUUUGAAAAGAUACAGCCAUUUCUGAUCAAUGGGUAUUUUAGUAUUAGCAAAUUAAUUAAUGUAAAUAUUUAUUUAUAGGUGAUUAACAGUUUCUAAAGUAUAAGUACAUUUCAGAAGGAUCUAACCCUUUGCGUCGGACGCAGGCGGGACCACAGGUCAUGUGAAUGCCGUCAAGGGCAUUUUUUAUUUAAAAUACUACAAGGAUGUUGCAAUGUUUCUCGGAUGAAGCACACAUGUUGUAUUCACAGGGGCUCUCUCUCUCUCUCUCUUUCUGUCGGUAUCUCUCUUUUUCUGUCUCUCUCUCUGUCUGUCUGUCUGUCUGUCUGUCUGUCUGUCUGUCUGUCUGUCUGUCUGUCUGUCUGUGUCUCUCUCUCUCUCUCUCUCUCUCUCUCUCUCUCUCUCUCUCUCUCUCUCUCUCUCUCUCUCUCUCUCUCUCUCUCUCUCUCUCUCUCUCUCUCUCUCUCUCUCUCUCUCUCUCUCUCUCUCUCUCUCUCUCUCUCUCUCUCUCUCUCUCAGAGUAGCACUGUGCCUUAGCUGUACUCCUGUUUAUCUCUGGUCGUCCUGUGAAAUUGUGAAAAUAAAUCUCUAUAGAAAAACUUAAAAAAGCCAAACUGUUGUUGAUGUUGAUGCCUUAUAUAAUUGACCUUAUGGUUUUCACCUGAAUUUUUAAAAUAAAAUGCGA